AUGGACGCAUCGCAACCUACACAGCAAGCCACGCAACAAGUCGAAGACCCUCGAAAACUAGGGAAGAACCUCUCUAAUGUCUCCGAAGACGAUGCCACAGAUGUGAUUUGUCUUCUUCACCCCAACUCACCAGCAGCAUUCGACGCGGUCAGAGCGAACCUGAUCCUUUCCCCUCAGCAUAUCUUGCAAAAUGACGACUUACAAGACCUGGACGAGGAGGACCUACUCUUCAAUCAAGACUUCAAAACCCCACGCGACAUUGCCCUUCGAAUGACGUCAGACGUCAAACACCCGAAAGAUGGCUUCCGCUUCGGUCGCUACGGCACAAUGUGCGAUGUGCUCUUGACCCCAGCCCAAGAUGACAAUCUCAUCAGCAAAGUUCACUUCAAAAUCUUCGUCAACAGUCAAGGAAGUCUUAUGCUGCAAGAUCUAUCCACAAAUGGCACAAUGGUUGACGAUGUCCAUCUCACGACACGAGCGAGGGGGGGUAGGGCGACGCUUAAGCCUGCAACUACUGUUCUUAAGAAUGGUUCGAUCAUAUGCGUCAUUGCUGGACUAGCCAAGGAGGAAGUCAAGUUCAUGGUCCGAAUUCCCAAUCGCGGCGAUGGCGAAGACCUUUAUGAAGAGAAGCUUAAAAAAUACCUGUCCGCGCGAGGAGCAGUGGCGAAGUUUGCUUCCAUGCGCGAAAGCUCGUAUGGUAAUCACUGGAACGGUGGUAGUAUGUACAACUUCACAGGCCUUCUUGGCAAGGGUGCGUUCGCGACCGUCUACAGAAUCCAGACGAAGAAAGAAGGAGACGUGUAUGCCGCAAAGGAACUCGACAAACGCCGAUUCAUCAAGAAUGGAGUAUUGGACACCAGGUUUGAUAGUGAGUUGAACAUCAUGAAAACACUGUCACACCCAAACAUCGUCAACUACGUUGAUUGUCAAAACUACCAACAUUGGAUCUACAUCUUGAUGGAGUAUGUCCCAUAUGGAGAGUUGUCUCAGGAAUUAAGACGUCUGAGCAAGAUCCCGGAGCAUGAUGCGCAACAAAUCACACGACAGAUGAUGCAUGCCCUCGGCUAUCUUCAUCGGCGAAACAUCACUCAUCGGGAUAUUAAACCAGACAAUAUUCUGAUUGCCUCCAGAUCACCCCUGAUUGUCAAGUUGUCAGACUUUGGACUGUCGAAAUGUGUCACGGACCAAGAAACUUUUCUCAAGACCUUCUGUGGCACCCUCCUAUACUGUGCACCGGAAGUCUACCCCGACUAUGUCACUUAUGCCCAAGGUCCAUCUACCAAGAGACGCCGUCUAGGCGAGCCGGCAACGAAACCAACACCGUCUCCCUAUGAUCAAUCCGUCGAUAUGUGGUCUUUUGGGGCUGUGAUCUUUCAUAUGCUUUGUGGCAAACCACCCAUUGCAGGGAGAGGUGAUGAUAGAGGGGCACAGAUGCUGAACAACAUCAUGACCAAGGAUGUCGAUUUCGAUCCACUUCGCACGGCCGGUGUUUCAGGAGAUGCAAUUGAUUUCAUUCAGAAACUUCUUAACAGAAACCCAUCACUCCGACCGAAUGAGUCGCAAUGUCUAAAACACCCUUGGCUACGCGACGUUGAAGACUAUUUGGAGUAUGAAGACAAUGAACCUAUGUUAGAGCACCGCGAACGAGAAUUAGGUGUUCUAGAUGAAAUCGAGGAAGACUUGCUUGAUGAUGAUCUCAUUGCACAUCUUCAUCAAUUAACACAGGCGCCUUCAUCCGCUCCGACCCCGGAUCGCCCACCUAAACGACCGCGCAGAGACAUGAGGCAGCAACCAGAGUUAGCUCGCGAGAUCACCUACCCUGCUCUACCAAAUCCUGGUGCUAGUUUUGCACCCUUGCCCCCAACUCUACCCUCAACUGCUCCAGCUGAAAGGCUUUUUGGAGAAGUCACUCCUUCAGUACUACGUAGUUCCGGAGUAUUUGGUGAAGUUCUUCGCCCCCAGGCGCAGGCAGACCUCCCAGACAUACGCAAUCGUGUUGAGCGGAUCAGCGUGAAUGAUUUUGUGACACGCGGUGAUGUGAAUAAUCCAGAGAGCGCCGACAACUUCGGUCAACCUUUGCAAUAUCCCCAGACACUCGGCAUUCCACAAUCUUUUACUGGUUCCGCUUUGAGCCUUAUGGGGGCUGAACAACAGAUCGGGCAACUCAACAUGGCUUCGCCAGGGGCAGAAGUCUCGGACGAUGCAACUUCGGAAGCGACCAACCCAGUUACUCCUCGGACUCGCGAACUAUCUCCUUGGACCGGGGCCAACCAAACAGCAGAGACAAGAAUCGCAGACAAUACCCGUGAUAGCGAGGAGCCGGUAUUUACACGUCGCAUUGAUCUAGACCUCGUCAACGACCCAGAAAACUUUGCAGCAGAAAUUGAAGCUCGCAAUGCUUCAAGGGCGGUCAAAAUUCGCACAAAGGCAGAGACGUUCAACGGCAAUGACAAUGGCAGAGCACGUCCUCCCUCGAUUGAACUGGCAACCACUAUCGAUGCAAAGACGGGAAAAGAAAUUGCGAACCCGGAUGAUGCUGAUCGCCUCAUCCAUACACCUGUCGGUAGUUCAAGUCCACACUUCAUCAAACCCCCAAAGCGUUUUGGCAAGUUGACAUCGCUGCCGGGCUCCCUAGCCAAUGUGGCCAUCAACUUGGAAAACCGCCUCACGAUAUGGGGUCGGGGGAUUGACUGCACAGUUCCAUACUCAGAUCGCAGAGAUACUCGCAUCCCACAGUACGCCAUGAAGAUCAACUUCUGGGCUCCGGGUAUGGAGAAGUUUGUACAGCAGGGAGGGGAUUGGACUCAAUUGCCUGGAGUCAGAACUCUGAUCUCUACCUCAGCCAGUAAAUCCAUCUGGGUCAACGAUGUUCAACUGCGCAAAGAGACACCAGACGGUGAAGCCGCUUUGUUCGGUCAAGUGUAUACGGGUGAUGUCGUCACCAUCUACGAUUCUCCUGACGGAGAGUUCCUGAAAUUCAAGGUUGAGAUCACUUUUGGUGACAGUGCACGCCUUCGCCCAGAGGGUGAGCACGGUUUCGUGCUUCAACAGGAACGACAGCAUCACCAGCGUGCCAUGAAGGAACGUGAAAGCAUGAGAGCCAGCAGAGCUGGAAGUGAGAACGGCGAUGGGACCACCCUACCAUUGUGA